UAGGCUAUAUAUAAUUAGCAUACAUUGUUUUCAAUCGAAAUCAAAAAAUGCUUAUGAAUCAAUAUGACCAAUACUGGCAUUACACUCAACCAACCACAAAAAUAAGAUGAACGUGCUACCUCAAAAUAGAGAUAUCCUCAAUCACUCGGUCAGUGUUGUCACAUUCGCUACUAAAAUAGCAGAGCUGGAGUCCUCUUUCUAUCUCUAUGGCACUACUAGAGUGACUAGCGCUUUUGUUGAAAAGCAGACCUCUGCAUGUCGGUAGAUAGUGUCUGGCUGAACACUGAAGGCAAUAAAACCCUAACACCAAAGAUCGGGGAUGCUGAGUUAAGGAUGAGAAGCAGAGAGUGGCUAGAUUUUGGAUUAAAGCAUCCACAAAAACAAAUAUUGUACGUCUUAUGGUGACACUCGUGAAUAGAGAAAAAUAAGAACAGAGACAACAGUGAGUCUUUGUCUGGAUUAAACCUCAAUUAAUCUGGGAGACGAGAGACGGAAGAUCUAACGACAGAAGACAGCAUAACUCACUACAUUUUCGUCAGUUGGUAAACGUAACUUGACCUGCUUUCGAGUAGGCCUACAUGUUUUCAUUCUACUGUUUUGUUAAUAUCCGCAGUGAUGUUACAUUAUCUCAGAUGCAGUAGCUGAGUAGACGCGUGCUAUUUUUGAUGCGGAGUCGGGUUAUUCUGAAUUCGGCCUUGUGCCAAACCAGGAAAACCCCAUCCUUACCAAUGUAACGGCUUGGUUUAGUCUGAAGCAGCCACUUAUGUUUAGAAUUUAGCUUCUGGUCCAGCUGAUGGCAGGCUAAAUCCCUUCAAGGGUGGAAAAGACAACACCCUAUUGUGGUUUUAUGAAUCCUAUGUAAACAUCUCGAAUUCAAGACAAACAUUCGGUCAGUCAGUUAACUGUCCGUUAUUAUACGCGCACGUUCGUUUUUCAUAAUUCGAAUCGAAUCUGAUUCAUCUACUAGUGAUCUUGACCUGCGUUUUGGCCCAGUCGCAGAUAGACGGUGGAUGCUCUUAUCUCUAACUGUUUUUCUUUGGAGCUUCUAUCGAUAUCUCUCCAUGUUCAGCUCCGAAAGACUCACGGUACCGGAAUAUGUCAGCCGGAUGGGGACUCGGAGGUCGGGCAGCAUGAGCUCAUCCUCGGAACCGAAAGCACCACCAGUUUCACCGGGUGUCCACGGCGCCGACGUCCAGGCAGUCUUGGAUACCUCUCUCCCGGCCCUGCGCUCCGCUAUCAAGACACUGAAAUCAGCCAAAGAUACCUCGGAUCUAGAAGAAACCCGCAGGGCUAUCGCAGAGACCUUUCAACUUGUGGAAGAGGCCUGGGUUCUGCCCACCGUGGGCCGGCAGGUUGCAGAGGAGAUAUGCAACAGGAUACGACUAGACGGAGGACUAGAGCUGCUUUUACAACUCCUUAUGACACCUGCUGUGGAGAUCAUCUAUGAAUCUGCCAAACUACUGGAGCAGAUACUGGUCUCUGAGAACAGAGACUAUGUAGCGCGGAUGGGUCUUGGGGUGAUCCUGAACCUGACCAGGGAGACAGAGGACGCCCAGCUGGCCCGCAGCGUCUCAGGCAUCCUGGAGCACAUGUUCAAACACACAGAGGAAACGUCUGCCCAGCUCAUCGCCAAUGGUGCCUUGGACGCCCUGCUCUUUUGGUGCCGUGGCACUGACCCUACCGUCCUCCGCCACUGUGCCAGGGCGCUCGCCAACUGUGCCAUGUAUGGCGGCCACCGCUGUCAGCGGCUGAUGAUUGAGAAGCAGGCCGCCGAGUGGUUGUUCCCAUUGGCCUUCUCCAAAGAGGAUGAGCUGAUCCGCUUCCAAGCCUGUCUUGCCGUCGCUGUGCUUGCUGCUAACAGGGAGAUCGAGAAGGAGGUGGUGAGGUCGGGGACUUUGGAGCUGGUGGAGCCGUUUAUUGCGUCGCUGGACCCAGACGAAUUUGCCCGUAGCUUGCUGGACAGUGCUGACAGCAUGCAGGGAAGGACGGCAGCAGACCUUCAGCAGCUGCUGCCUCUGCUGGACGGGGCCAGGGUUGAAGGGAAGUGCAUCGCUGCCUUUUACCUGUGUGUGGAGACCAGCAUCAAGUCACGCCAGCGCAACACUAAGAUCUUCCAGGAGAUAGGCGCUGUGCAGAGCCUGAAACGGAUCGUCAUGUACUCCAGCAAUGGGACGGCCUGUACCCUGGCCAAGCGCGCGCUGGGUAUGAUGAACGAGGAGGUGCCGCGUCGUAUCCUGUCCUCUGUGCCCAACUGGAAGAGUGGCGAGGUGCAGAGAUGGCUUCAACAGAUCGGCUUCAGUGCCUACACCGAACGCUUCCAGGAGUUGCAGGUGGAUGGAGACCUGUUGCUAAACAUCACAGAUGAGGAAUUGAGCACAGACUUGGGCAUGACUGCAGCACUUACACGCAAAAGGUUCCUUAGGGACCUGCGCGUACUCAGGUUCUACGCCAACUACUCAACCUGCGAUCCCAACAACAUGGCCGACUGGCUAGGUGAGGUGGACCCCCAGUUCCGCCAGUACACCUAUGGCAUGGUGCAGUCUGGCAUGGACCGCAAGAACCUCUUCCAGAUCACCGACCAGCAGCUAAAGUCAGACUGUCACAUAGAGAACGGCAUCCAUCGUGCCAAAAUCCUGGCAGCCGCACGUCGGCCGACAAAGCCGUGUCUGACUGAUGCUCAGCCCCCUGGACCGGAUGUGUUUAUUAGCUAUCGCAGGACCACUGGGUCCCAGCUAGCCAGUCUGUUAAAGGUCCACCUCCAGGUACGAGGCUUCAGUGUGUUCAUUGACGUGGAGAAGCUGGAGGCAGGGAAGUUUGAGGACAAGCUGAUCCAGAGUGUCCAGCGGGCACGGAACUUCAUCCUGGUGCUGUCGGCCAACGCCCUCGACAAGUGCAUGGGUGACACAGGAAUGAAGGACUGGGUGCAUAAGGAGAUUGUUACAGCUCUAAAUGGGAAGAAAAACAUUGUACCUGUCACUGAUAACUUCAUGUGGCCCGACCCAAACUCUCUGCCUGAUGACAUGAAAACCAUUCUCAACUUUAACGGCAUCAAGUGGUCCCAUGAGUAUCAGGAAGCCAGCAUUGAGAAGAUCCUGCGUUUUCUAAAGGGCAACCCCAGCCAAGACCAGACAGACUGCUCCCAGACAGACUGCUCUCAGACAGACUGCUCUCAGACAGCCUGCUCCAAUGGAUCUCAAGAGAAAUAGUCUGUGUAGUCUCUUUAAAAUGCUAAGAAAACAAUAGCUAUCAUUAAUCAGUCCUGACCAACAGAGAAUGCUCUGCAUAUGCGGUGUUUUGAUCAUAUAUGCAAUUGGGAUAGGACUGGAUUUGGUACCAGCCAGUCAGGGUUGGAUAGGUUACUUUUUAAAUGUAAUCCGUUACCGUUACAAGUUACCUGUCCACAGUUGUAAUCAGUAAUGUUA